UAUCUGAACUUGAAGUGUAAUAUGAGGUUUCCAUAUUCGACCCGACUUCUCCGACCAAUGUGUGGUUCAUCGAAACAAUGGUAGAUUACUGUCAGCAGUGUCUAAGGUGAAUUUCAAACUAUUAUUGGUAACAUACUUGUUUUCGUCUGCUUUUAGAAAAGCGAUGAUAAACGAACAGCAGUGGUAGGCAGUUUGGUUGUUGUAAGGCGGGAAUGCAGGAUUGGUGUUCAGUUGUAAAACAGUCACCUUUGCGUGGCUUUUUUCUAGUUUUUUUUUUUCCGGCGAACACAACCAAAGUCUGCCUGUCAAAUUUUUUUCUAACCUUUGUUCAUUUACCAAUAUUAUUCAUAAAUAACAAUGGCCGACAACUCAGUUAUCAAGCCUACCGCUACAGCCCCUGCCAUUGAUACUUCUAACUGGCCUCUUCUUCUCAAGAACUACGAUCAAUUGAAUGUUCGUACCGGUCAUUAUACUCCCAUUCCCAGUGGUUGCUCUCCCUUGAAGCGUCCUCUCGACGAGUAUGUUCGUUAUGGUGUCAUUAAUCUUGACAAGCCUGCUAACCCUUCAUCUCACGAAGUUGUUGCUUGGAUUAAGCGUAUUCUCCGUGUCGAAAAGACCGGUCACAGUGGUACCCUUGAUCCCAAGGUCACUGGUGGCUUGAUUGUCUGUGUUGAUAGAGCUACUCGUUUAGUUAAGUCUCAACAAGGUGCUGGUAAGGAGUACGUCUGUAUUCUUCGUCUCCACGAUGCCAUUGCUGGUGAAAAGAAGUUGUCCCAAGCUAUUGAGACCCUUACUGGUGCUCUUUUCCAACGUCCCCCUCUUAUUUCCGCUGUCAAGCGUCAAUUGCGUGUUCGUACUAUCCACGAAUCCAAGUUGCUUGAAUUCGAUAACGAUCGUCAUCUUGCCGUUUUCUGGGCUUCUUGUGAAGCUGGUACUUAUAUGCGUACUCUCUGUGUUCACUUGGGUCUUUUGCUCGGUGUUGGUGGUCACAUGCAAGAACUUCGUCGUGUUCGUUCCGGUACCACAUCUGAAAAUGAUGAUAUCGUUACUAUGCAUGAUGUUUUGGAUGCUCAAUGGUUAUUCGACAAUACUAAGGAUGAGACCUACCUCCGUCGUGUUGUUCGUCCUUUGGAAUCUCUUUUGACCAGUUAUAAGCGUGUUGUUGUUAAGGAUAGUGCUGUUAACGCCAUUUGUUACGGUGCCAAGUUGAUGCUUCCCGGUCUUUUACGUUUCGAGAGUGGUAUUGAGAUUAACGACGAGAUUGUUUUGAUGACAACUAAGGGUGAGGCUAUUGCUCUCGCCUAUGCACAAAUGACCACCUCUGUUAUGGCCACUUGUGAUCAUGGUGUUGUUGCCAAGGUUAAACGUGUUAUUAUGGAGCGUGAUACAUAUCCUCGUAGAUGGGGUAUGGGUCCCGUUGCUCUUGCCAAGAAGAAGCUUAAGACUGAAGGUAAACUUGAUAAGUUCGGUCGUGUUACUGAUGAAACCCCCGCUGUCUGGAAGUCCGCAUAUGUCGAUUAUGCUAACAAUGCUGACGGUAAGCUUCCUGCACCCGUUUUCGGUACAUCUUCAGAGACUAUCGUAGCUGCUGCUGGUGUCGCCCCCAAGAUCACUGUUCUCGAUGUUGCUGCCAAGGAUAACGCUCCUGCUGUUGCUGCCGUCGUUGCCGGUGUCAAGCGUGCUGCUGAAGAAUCCACUGAAGAUACUGAGACCAAGAAGUCAAAGAAGGAAAAGAAGGAGAAGAAGGAAAAGAAGGAGAAGAAGGAGAAAAAGGAGAAAAAGAACAAGGAUUAAAGCAUUCUCUUAUAUAUAUAUAUUCAAUUUUUUACUCAAUUUUCAAAUCAUGUAUGCUUUCUCCUUUCAUUAAAAAAAAAACUAUAAAAUUUCUUAUUCAUAU